CUACCUUUAUAUAAAGGUGAAAGAUGUGUGCAUUUUUAAACACGCAGAAGAUUAGCUAGAAGAUACAAGGAAGGAAGCACCCCCCAAUUCUAAAUGGUGAUUUGUGAUAUUCAGGAGGGUUUGGGAAAUAAAAUGGGCCAUCAAUGCUGCAGAAAACAGAAAGUCAAGAGAGGGCUAUGGUCUCCAGAAGAAGACGAGAAGCUAAUAAAAUAUAUAACCACCCAUGGUCAUGGUUCUUGGAGUUCUGUUCCAAAUCUAGCAGGGUUGGAAAGGUGUGGAAAGAGUUGUAGAUUGAGAUGGAUAAACUACUUGAGACCGGAUCUCAAAAGAGGUUCAAUUACCGCAAAAGAAGAGAGGAUCAUCAUUGACAUUCACAGGAUACUAGGCAAUAGAUGGGCUCAAAUAGCUAAGCAUUUGCCUGGCAGAACUGACAAUGAGGUCAAGAACUUCUGGAACUCAUGCAUAAAAAAGAAGCUUAUUGCACAAGGGUUAGAUCCAAACACUCACAAUCUCCUCUCUACUAAUUAUAAACAAAACAAUGACAAUAAUGCAUGGAAGCUCUCUUAUCAUUCCCAGCAACAACCCACCUCAACUUUCACAAUGAAUUCACAAAUCAGUGGUAUCUCAUCAAUGGUUAUGAAAGCACCCCCUAUUCCAUUCCCUAUGAUUCCUCUUGCUCCUGAUACUAAUCCUCGCUUAUCACACGAAUUCUCAUCCAUAUUAACAUAUGAAUACCAAAACCCUAAAAUGCAAGCUUUCUUGGAGAGCACUGCAAGCCAAUCUUCAAUCGGAAGUAUUCCUAUAUUCUCUUCUACUUCACAUCCAUCCGAGUUUGGCAUGUUAGAUGAGAGCUGCAUGUGGGCUGGUGGCUAUGAACCCAUUCAAUCCAUAAUACCUGAAACAAAGCAGCCAGAGCGGCAAGUGGAAAUUGAGAAGAUCACCAGUGAGUUAGUAAGUGUUGGGCAGAAUAUGGAUGCUUCAUUUGAAACAUCUAACUUUGAUUUUGAUUUUGAUUUUGUGGAGUCGACUCUGCUGCCUUGUGGGAUGUACUAUAAUCAGAGUCCCAUCGAUCAACUUGCAUGGGAUUCAUGGGCCUUGCAAGAGAAAAAAUGAUUGUUGUGGCAAUAUUACGAAUUCACCCUACAGAAACGGUUUAAGACUAGUACUGGUAUGCUUGUUGACG